AUGGCUGUGCCGCCCCCGGCCCAACCAGAGGACCCUAGACGCCCAUCGCUAGAAGACGUGGAACGUCGACUCAGUCGACCCUAUACAUCAGAUCGCAGUGAAGCACUGGGGGAACUAGCGGCACCUGAACCCAUUGCACCAGGGGAAAAGCCAACUGAUGAAGAAAGUGGAGCGCGUCGCAGGAGUCUAGAGGAGGCACAACAAGAGGAUGGGGAAGAGGAGGAGGAGGAGGGGGAGGAAGGGACCAAGGGCCUAGAGUGCACCCCUUCAUAUGUCGCGACAGAGGUAUACAUUAUUUCUUGGUUGGUCUUGUUUUCGCUCCUUGGAACGUUGGCACGCCUAGGGGUCGAAGCCAUUACACUGUAUCCGAAUUCGCCCUUUGCGAGCCGAGUCCUGUGGGCCAACCUUGGAGGCUCAUUCUUCCUGGGCUUUCUCACCGAAGACCGCCAACUGUUUCGAGAGGAAUGGGGAUCAAGAGAUCCCAGAGCACCUGCUUUGGACCAUAUCAAGGUCAAAAAGACCAUUCCGCUCUACAUCGGCCUUGCUACGGGUUUCUGUGGCUCCUUCACGUCCUUCUCCUCCUUCCUCCGCGACUGCUUUUUGGCCUUGACAAAUGAUCUCGAGUCGCCCUCGCCGACCGCACCGUACCAUGUGGAUCCGAUUGUCGCACACAGGAAUGGUGGCUUUUCAUUCCUGGCUCUCUUAGCCAUCCUGAUUGUCCACCCAGCUAUCUCUUUAGCAGGGUUGAUGGUCGGCGCACAACUAGCUCUAGCACUUCAACCAGUCACGCCAACAUUACCAUUCAAAUUCUGUCGCAAUGUCUUGGAUCCGUUGGGCGUCAUUGUCGGGUUCGGCUGCUGGCUGGGAGCGGUCUUUUUGGCGAUUUGGCCGCCGGGGAAUGACAUACACUGGAGGUUUCGCGCGGUGUUCCCACUGGUGUUUGCACCCCCAGGUUGUCUUCUCCGCUUCUACGCGUCUAAGCACAUGAAUGCUGUUAUACCGUCCUUUCCAUUGGGCACAUUCGCAGUCAAUAUUUUUGGAACGGCGGUGCUCGGUAUGGCCUUUGAUUUGCAACACUCGAGCACCAUCGCCACAUCCGGGUCAAACGCUUGUGCGGUGCUUCAAGGAAUUAUGGAAGGGUUUUGCGGGUGCCUCACGACCGUCAGCACGUGGGUUGCGGAAAUUCAAGGGCUUCGUCGAAGACAUGGUUGGAUAUAUGGGGUUGCCAGCGUAGCGGCUGCAUUGGCAUUGCUGGUGGUGAUCAUGGGGUCGAUGGGAUGGACUGUUGGAUUUGUGCCACCGACUUGCAGCUGA